UUAUCUAUUGGUCUCACUUGCAAAUUUUAUCAUGCAGCUAUGUAGAAUAGGACAUUUCUUAUCAUCUUUGAUGAAACUGACAGUAAGUGGACUUUGUAAAAUAUGAAAAUAAAGGACACAAACCCGAAAGCGCUUAUUGGCGGUAUAUCCCCGCUUGUGCAAGAAUGUUUUCUUUGUUUUAAAAUUUUAUAUAUAUACACACACAGUCCAUCAGGUUAAAUAUCAGCACAAAUCAGCAAAAUGAUAAAAUUAUGCUACAUCUGAAGCCACCCAGGAAAAAUUAUAAAAAAUUAUAGGGAAAACGGUUCAGCAGCUGAAACCAUCAACGAGCUGUCUUGAGUCAACACCAUCUGACUUUUUCCAAGCUAAUAAUGCAGCAAAUAAUCAAUUGCUCACUUCAGUCAGGCGAGUUUCCUACAGCUCUCAAAGUAGCUGCCAUUAAGUCUCCGCUAAAAAAAAAAAAAAGCGCUGGACGCUUCCAAUAGACCCAUCUCAAAUCUCCCUUUUGUUACCAAGAUUGUUGAGAAAGUUAUUUUUAAUCAACUCAGCAAUUUCUUGAACUUAAAUGUUUGUUUUUGAUCACCACAAUCCAACAAAUAAGGAUUGAUUGUCAUCCUUUGACUGUGAUGAUUUUUAGUAUGUUCUUUGUGACACUGGUUACCAAACCAUAGCAAAUUCACUUUCUUGUUCUGGCUUGACCGCAGGACUUUUUUCACAUCUGCUUUCAUUGUCCCUCAUAGUUUCAACCAAAACCCCUACUUGCUGCUUCUAACAAUCGCCUGAAUAGUUGAAUUAUUUAUCUCUUCGUCGUUGGCUUGAGGCAGAGUCUGAUUACUGUUGUGUCUCUGUUUCUUUCCACCUGGGAGCAUGUUUUGACAAGUCUUAAAAACACACUGUGUAACAUAUAGUCUCUGCUUUUAUGUUGUUAUGUUUUACUCAACAAUUGGUGUUGAUGAGAGGCAUUGCUCUUCAUGCGCUUACUGUACAAUGUUUUUUUUGUUGAACAAUUUGGCAUCCCAAGGGGUCAGCGUGAAGGUGAAAUGUUGAUGGAAUCAUGGACAACAGCGUUUGUUACUCUAGCUUUUAUUCAACAGAAAAUAUUCUGUGCAGAGUUAGUCUUUAUCUUUGGUUUACUGGAAGACAACAGCAGACCGCAGCCUUCUCUGGAGUUUAACUGCAAUCCACUUGUUGAUCAAAUGAUAUGAUUGUACACUACUUAAACAUUUGUAGUUGAUGAUGUGGACUCAUGCAGAAAAACCUGUUAUAAGAUCCAGUUUAAUAAAGAAAAUAAAUGUUUUCAUCCAAAAUGCCUUCCAAUGUCUCUUAGUGGGAAAUCCUGAACAUUUUAAUUUCCUGCAAAGUUUUUGAGCGUAGAAAACUGACAAGCAUGCUUUAUUAAAAUAGCCCCUUGACAUUUUACCUCAGUGCACUCAUCUGUGACUCAUAUCUUGCAAGGAAAUGCAGAGCGUUAGGGGCUCCUCAUGAUGCUCAUCACCGAAAUGUCAAAUUAGAUCAGGAGGAAUCUCAAACUGGUAGAACGAAAAAAACCCCAAAAAACAUUACAUAACCAACACUCCCUCAUCCCCGCUCACGAGGAAAGGAUCACAUCCUUUUCACCGCCUCACUGCCAAGCUGUAUACCGCUUCACAAGAGAGUCUGGAGCAGCCUGAGUGACUCAGCCACCAGACUCCCAUGACUUGGCCUCCCGUGAUCACCCGCGUAAAGAAGCAGGUCACAGUGGAUGCUCAGCAGGACUAAAUCCCCAGGACCUUAAUGCAAAGUAAUACUGUAGUGUAAAAUUGUAGUAUAGCAUUUCUAUAAAUUCUGUGGUAUUUUCUGAUCAAAUAUGAUUGUCCAAACACACACACACACACACAUUAUGAUUAAUAUAAACACUGUAUUUUAAUCUUCCAGCAAGUCAUCAAUUCAAAUGUAAAUUGGACAAUACAAACACAGGUUCAAAAGUCAACAGUUUUUUUAUUUUCAAAAGGUGUUCUCUUGAGUUCCAACUGAUAAUUUCCCAAGCUGUAUGAACACUUUGGUAAUCGCUCAGUUAUCAAAUCAGCUCGGCUGGCUGGCGCACAGAGGAUUGUAAAAUUGGAUUAAAGCCACCAGAGGGAAAAAAAAGCAACCUCUACCUAGAAAUCAGCGUUAUCUUGCACCAAUCAUUUUCCUUUUCCCAUUUUAGGAACAUGGGCACAACCACUGCAUUGAUGAUAGACUGAGUGCACAAGUGCAGCGAUGCUCCAGAGCUUUUUUACUUACCUGAUUACACUUUUCUCAGCUUUUAUUUCCUGUCAGCCAUGUCUUCGCUUUCUCUGCUCUCAUAUAUUUCUUUCAUGUUUUGUGCUUUGUUUUAAGCCCUGUCGUCUCCUGUCUGUCUCAUCCUCCACAUAUCUUCUUUUGCUCUUCCCAAACCAUUUGUUGGCGCGUGCGUGCGUGUGUGUGUGUGUGUCUGUGUGUGUGUGUUUGAGUACACGAUGUAGACCAGCCCCCUGGUGCAGUGACACCAUUCCACGUAGCCAGCCACCACAUAUGGGUGAAAUGGUCUCACCCGCUACCCCUGCUUGUCCAUGGUCAGCCUCCAAAGUCUAGAGAAUUUCCUCUGUCUCUUCCACUAUGUGCAGCAUCACCCUCAUCACACCAAAGACGCCCUGAAAUUCUGCUCAGACAUGAGUGGGGCCAGUAACACGCUGGCAAGGGAGUUCCUGACUGAUGUACACCAACUAUGCAGUGCAGUGGCACAGAGAGCGGAGGCACGGGAGGAGGAUGAGGAGGAAAGUCAUAUGGUUGCACUAGGGGAGUACCUCGUCAGAGGAAGAGGAUUUCUGCUACUUAGCACCCUAGAUUCCAUCAUUGAUCAGGAGCUGACUUGCCGAGAGGAGCUGCUAACUUUGUUGCUGUCUCUACUCCCACUGGUGUGGAAGAUCCCUGUACAAGAAGAAAAAGCACCAGAUUUCACCCUGCCGUCUUUAUUAGAAGUGUUCCUCAGCCGGGAGGUAAAGGCUGCACCUCUUAGAGCAGGACAGAAGACUGGGACAGAUGAACAGGAAACCGGAAAGAGGCCACGUGUUGGCAGCGGCACCUGGAAAUCAAGGAGGUCACGUAGGACAGCCCAGAAAUACUCUGUAAAGGAUGCUCGGCGCUCCCAAAUUUCUACCUCAGAUUCAGAAGCCAAUGCUGAAGACAAGGCAGGCCCAAGUGGCACAAGGAGCAGAAAGUCUCAUGGUUCUACCCUCCGUGUACAUCAUCUACAUCAUCGUUUGGAAGCAACACAGUUAACGGACACAGCAACCACCAACACAGAAACCAUGAGUGCACCAUACCCCCAUCCCAGACUCUCUGGAUCUCACACAAUGGACACUGAAACCCUGACAGACCCAGCUGCAAUGUCAAUAUUCAAUCGCAUGGAGAACUCACCCUUUGAUCUCUGCUUUGUGUUACUUUCAUUACUGGAGAAAGUGUGUAAAUUUGAUAUGAGCAUCAGUCACAGUCCUGGCUUGGCAGUCAGUGUUGUACCAACGCUCACUGAGAUCCUGACGGAGUUUGGAGAUUGUUGUGGUCCAGGAGGCGAUGGUGGAACAGGAGCAGAAGAGCUUGCUGGGGGCUGGACAGAAGAACCGAUUGCAUUGGUCCAGAGGAUGCUCCUACGCACCAUCUUGCACCUAAUGUCAGUAGAUGUCAGUCAGAGUGAAACCCUUCCAGAUAGCCUGAGACGCAGCCUGACCGACCUGCUACGGGCCACCCUAAAAAUCCAAAGCUGUCUUGACAGACAGACAAAUCCAUUUGCUCCUCGACCCAAAAAGACCCUACAAGAAGUCCAAGAUGAUUUUUCUUUUUCCCGCUUUCGCCACAGGGCAUUGCUCCUGCCUGAGCUUCUAGAAGGGGUAUUGCAAGUUCUUCUGAGUUGCCUGCAUGCCUCAACACCCAACCCCUUCUUCUUUAGUCAAUCACUAGACCUCAUCCAUGAAUUUGUCCAACACCGUGGGCUGGAGCUUUUUGAAACUACAGUACUGCGUCUGGAGGAACUUGGGAGGGCCAGGGAUUCAGAAGUCGGAGGUGAGGCUUCAGAAAGACUACGAGGUCUAAUUGCCGGGGUCUUCAAGAUUGUAAGUGCUGUCAAGAAAGCAAAAUCAGAGCAGCUGCAUCAGUCCGUGUGUGCUCGACGUCGUCACCGUCGCUGUGAAUAUUCCCACUUCCUACAUCAUCACAGAGAUCUGUCGGGUUUGCCUGUCUCAGCUUUUAAGAUGGCUGCGAGGCGUAACCCCUUUGAAGAGGACGGCGAAGGAAAGGAAGGGAUGGAGCUUAAUGGAGUGCAUUACCCUGAGCGUUGCUGCUGCCUGGCUGCCUGUGCUCAUCAAUGCCUGCGGCUCCUGCAGCGUUUGUCGCCCAGUGGACCAGCUGUAUUGCAGGUACUAGCCGGGGUGCAGGCUGUUGGAAUCUGCUGUUGCAUGGACCCUCGUUCUGUGAUAAAACCACUCUUGGACGCCUUCCAAGCUCCAGGUCUACGUAGUUACCAGUCUCAUGUUCUCAGUGUUCUAAGCAGACUAAUACUAGACCAGCUUGGUGGAGGACAGCCCUCAGAGAAAUUGAAGCUUGCAUCAUGUAACAUUUGCACUUUGGACCAUAGUCAGCUGCCAGGCCUUGAGGAGACGCUACAACAUGGGCAACUUUCAGCUAGUUCUACCAGCCUGUGCUACCGCUCCCAGGGGAUUCUGCCAAGUGGAGGGGGUGCACAGGACAUGUUAUGGAAGUGGGAUGCCCUUGAGGCUUACCAAGAGCUAGUGUUUGGAGAUGACUGGCACCUGAGUCAACAUGUAGCUGGUCACGUUUGCCACUUGACACUGCGUGGCAAUACUGUAGUGCAGUGGCAGCUAUACACACACAUCUUCAAUCCUGUGCUACAGCGAGGGGUCGAGCUAGCCCACCAUGCUCAACAGCUUGGGGUUUCGACAGUUUGCACCCAAGUAUGCAGCUAUCAUACACAGUGCCUGCCUGUGGAGGUACUACUCUUAUAUCUGCAAGCAUUACCUGCACUUCUCAAAUCUAGGGUUAUUCGAGAUCUUUUCAUCAGCUGCAAUGGGCUCAACCAGAUGACAGAACUGGUUUACCUUGACCAGACAUGCUCUUUAGCUUUGAAGGUGUUUGAAACUCUAAUAACCAGCCUUGGACACCAGCAGGCUGACUGCACGCUUCAGGAGCUGGAGAUUGCUGUUGCCGAAGAGAAGCAGACAGUCUCAAACCUGGCUGAGGAUCUCUGCUCUAGGGGAUCUGGAGAGGGUCCACAGAGCCUCAGCAAGUUCUAUGAAGGGCUAAAAGAGGCAUACCCGCGCCACAAGAGUCGUAGUGGGCAGGGCCGUGGAGCAGGCCGUAGCCAAGCCGAGACGCACCUCCAUGUCAUUAACCUCUUCCUCUGUGUUGCUUUUCUUUGCGUUAGCAAAGAAGCUGACUGUGACCGAGACUUUGCUAAUGAUUCUGAAGACACGUCAGGCUAUGACAGUACAGCUAGUGAGCCCCUUGGUGGGCGCUUGGCAUACCUGUCUCCAGACAGCGUGACCCUGCCAUCCAAAGAACAGAUACGAAAGGUGGCUGAUGUUUGGUCAGUGUGUCGGUGUGUCUACCUGGCCAACCCGUUGUUCCAGAGACAGUUCUUCAGACUAGGAGGGUUGGAUGUUUGUUUGCGCCUUAUGAGCAUGGUUAUUCAGAAGCUUUCCAGUAAAACCAAGGAUGGCAAAGCAAGGAAGAAGAAGGAACUCAAGGCCAAAAGUAGCCCAGAAUUCACUGUCCCAGUCACUCUGUUGGGAGUAGAUGCACCAGGUCAAGAUUCAGUUAACAGCGCUCCAGCUGAGGGGAAAACCAGAGAUCCAACCAAGAGGCUGGAGGAAGAGUGGCAGUUACAAAGUAUUCGCCUUCUUGAGGCCUUAUUGGCUAUUUGUCUUCACAGUGCCAACUCAGCCCUGCAGAGAACAGACUCAGAGCUUUCUUAUCAGCUCCAGUCAGUGGGAGAUACCCUGUUAGAAGUGAGAGACCAGCUCUCUUGCUCAGGGGUAGUAAGCUCUGACCUUGCUGUGCCACUCUUUGAUUCUCUGCUGAGAGUGGCUUUGGCCGACGUGUCAUCCUCUCCCGAUCCCCCUGAGGAAAAGCAAGUCUGGGUGAGUCCUGCCUUUGGAGAUGCUAAGCUCCAAGUGUUGGCUGAAGGGGCCGCCCCAGCCGGAGAUCUAUCAGAGGAGGUGGACGGCGUUCAGAGCUGUGGCGUCAAGCCCGCUGGGGAGGAGGAGGAGGAGGAGGAGGAGGAGGAGGGCUACGACGCCGACAGCGAAAGCAACCCUGAGGACAUGGCCAACCAGGAAGAGGGAUUGAAGGUGGAGUCUGUGCAGCGUGAGUUUGCGACAGUGCCAGACUGUCCCGGGCGUGGCGUGCUGCUUUUUCCAGAGAUCUGUACAAUCGAGUUGCAACUACUGGCCAGCGGCUCCCCAGACCUGGAGGUAGUGAGUCAUGUGUUUCACAGUCUACUCGGUGCAGUUCGCGCCAACAACCACAAUGCUGCUCUGCUCUAUGACCAGGGAGGAGUCAAAACCAUCCUGUCUGGCUUUUAUAACAUACUUAGCCAAGCGGACCACUCUCUGAAAGACUGUCAGACUGUUAUAGUGGAGCUGCUGGUUGCCAUGGUGAGCCAGCGAAUCACAGCAGAGGAACUGGCCCAAUUGAUUCGUCUCUUCCUGGACAAAACCCCACCUACUGAGAUUUUAUUGAAGGGCAUCUUACAAAUUGUUGAAGCCAACGUGAACAUAGAGCCACUUCACCUGCUGGACUUUCCAAUAAUCCUUGGGGCCUCAACACCAGGAGGACUGUCUCCUAGUUCCAGAUCAAAUGGCAGUGCUGGAGGGAAAAGUGUUGGUCUGCUCUGGAAGAGCAAACUGUCUCCUGGUCGCAGGGAGGGAGACAGCGAGUACAGAACAGGUCACCUGCGUUCCUCUCCCUGGCACACUGCUCCUCUCCACUUGCCCCUGGUGGGGCAGAACUGCUGGCCUCACAUGGCUAGUGGCUUCAGUGCCUCCAUGUGGCUGAGGGUGGUGGAGCAAGAGGAAAGAGCAGGGAACACACACAAGGAAAGGAGGAACCCUCCUGCCACUGAAUCUCACCAUGGCUCGCCUCAGGCUGGAAAAAAAGUAGUGGAGGAAGCCCUAAUUCAUAUUCUAUCCAUGGGCUCAAAAGCACUGAUGCUUCAAGUGUGGGCGGACUUCUCUACUGGGUCACUCACAUUCAGGGUUUGUAUAGACCCAAAUGACGAGAUAAAAGCAGGGUUGUUGGCACAGGCAGACUCUGUUGAGGGACUUCUCCAGCCUGGCCAAUGGCAGCAUCUCGGCCUCACUUACACCCAGCAGCCUGAGGGCAAGAAGAACAUCCAUGGUCGUGUGGUUGUCUGGGUGUGCGGCAUCAUGAAAUGUGAAGUUUUUUUGGACUACACCUUACCUCGAAAGUCCAGUUUAUCCUCUGACAGCAACAAGACCUUCUGUAUGUUGGGCCAUUGUAUCCAAUCUUGUGAGGAGGUGACAAAACAGCAUUUAAACUGGAGCAUGGGAACGGUGCUCCUCUUCAAUGGGGCCAGAGUAGGGUCCGAGGAGGCUUUUUUCCUGUACACUAGUGGGCCUGACCUCACCUCAAUCAUGCCCUGCAAUUAUGGCAGACUUCCAGGGUCAUUCUCCAAGUUUGUCACUCAGGAAGGACUCAAGUGUGACAGAGUACGGGAGCUUCUGAUGAAAAGCAAGGAUGUGGAUACAACAGCUUUAGUUGAGAGCCUGGCAGUUGUGUAUGCUCCCAGCAGUCCUAGGGUCUAUACUAUCUAUGAGCCGGUAAUUAGACUGAAGGGACAAGCCAAGACCGUGGUUACCCAGCGGCCCUUCAGCUCCAGAGAAGUGCAAAGCGUUUCUUUAGAGCCCAGCGCUCUCAAGGCUCUGCUGCCCACUGAAACCCAAGGCCUGCAGAGUGUCCUGCACAAGAUUGGCGGGACAGGAAAUGUUGUUUUCCUCUUUGCACAGACGGUGGAGCUGAGUGACUGUGAGAUGACCCAGGCUUUGGCCUUGCAGAUACUCUUGUCUCUGUCCAAGUUCAACCAGCAUCGCAUCUAUGAAAUGGAGUAUUACCACGGCUACUCUAUGAUGCACCAAGUACUCAUCAAGUCCAAAUGUAUCGUUGGAUAUCAUAUGCUGAAAACUCUGCUGGAUGGGUGUUGCAGCGGACCCGUCUUAAUCCUAGCAGAUGACUGUCAGUUCCGUUUGGACUUGGAGUCCAUUGCUGUGGUGCAGAACAUCAGGCUUCUCUCAGACAUCCUUUUGGAUUGGAAAAUCUGGGCCAAAGCGGAGUGUGGCGUGUGGGAGACAUUGCUGUCUGCUUUGGAGAUCCUCAUCAGGGUGCACCACCCUUACCAGGUCUUCAAUAUCCGUCAAUUCUUGAAAGCUGAAGUGGUGCACCGCUUCCUGCUUACCUGCCAAGUGCUACAGGAGCAUCGGGAUGAGCACCUUACUGCCAUUCCACAGGAAGUCUGUUUGUCAUUCGUCAAAAUAAUCCAGGAAGUGCUAGGAUCGCCGCCACACCUGGACUUACUCAAACUUAUCUAUAACUUCCUGCUGGCAGUUCACCCACCUACCAACACCUACGUCUGCCACACUCCGUCCAGCUUCUACUUCUCUCUGCACAUAGAUGGGAAGCUGUAUCAUGACAAGGUGCAGUCUAUUAUGUACCUGCGACACUCAAACAGUGUAGGGAAGUCUACCAGCAGUUCAGUGGUGUCUCUUUCCCCAACCGUCUUUACUGACGCUCUCCACGAUGGGCAUCUCCAUGGUCCUUCGCCUGAGGAUCAGUCCUUGCGCCCACCCAGCCUUGCACCAUCGCCAUACUCGUCCCCUUUGCUGACACCCCGCCUCACUCACAGUGGCUUGAAUGAGGCUGCCGACAUUGAGCAACUGUCGCUCACCACCCAUCAGGCUCUGGGCAGUACUGAAACACUCAAGAAGGGAGGAGGUGACGAGCAGCUCCUCAGCAGUUGUGAAUCCGCAAAAACGAUAUGUGACUCGAGGGACAUUGGCAAUGAAGGAGCUCGACGCACCCCGUCAAUCAGUGUGGAGGAGGAGCGAGAUGAGGCAGCGGAGGUGGACAGCCUGGCAGAAGGGAGCGUGGGUGUUGCAGAGUCUGAGGACAGAUUUGACUGGGCCAGUGAGGAGGCACCUCGACGCCCUGACAGCUUAAAGGGUAUCCAGUCCUUCCAGAGGAGCCACAGCAACCUGGCCAGUUUGGGAUUGGCUUUCCCGGCUCCAAAUGGCUCAUUGGCAGCCAGUCGCUGGCCCAGCGCAGCCGAUCGAAGUUCUGUACCUGAAGACUGUGAAAGUUACACCUACUCUCCUGGUUAUGAGAGGCCGCACAGCAAAACUGAUUCCAAUGAUCGGUCCAGUACAGAGGACUGCCUGGUGCUUAUCUGCUGUGGCCUCUAUGACCUUCUGAGGGGUGUCCUCCUGCUGCUGCCAGACCUCAUGCUCGAGGAAGUGAUGGACAAGCUGAUCCAGCCCGAGGCCCUAAUUGUCCUGGUCAACCAUUCAUCCCCUGUUAUCCAGCAAGGGGUCAUGAAGCUGCUGGAUGCAUACUUCGGUAGAGCCAAUAAGGAGCAGAAGGAGAAAUUCCUGAAGAAUCACGGUUUCUCCCUGUUGGCCAACCAACUGUACAUCCACCAGGGCAGUCAGGGGUUAAUCGAGUGCUUCCUUGAGAUGCUUUUUGGACGGGCAGUAGGCCUGGAGGAAGAUCUGGAUCUGGAGGAAAUGGAAACAAUCUCCCCAUUCACAAAGCGUUGCAUCAUCCCAGUGUUGGGUCUUAUUGAGAACUCCUUAUGUGAGAACUCCUUAGUGCACAACAUCCUCUGUAUGCUACUGCAGCUCCUCAACGCCUACCCGAAGCUGGCAGACAUCCUGCUUGAUCACGGGCUGCUCUAUGUGCUCUUCAACACCUUCUCCACCCUCAACGGCAUGGAGACCGGCAUUCCACUGAAUGAUUACAAGCUCCUCGUGUGUGACAUCCAGCAGCUGUUAGUAGCUGUAACUAUCCACUCCUGCAGCUCUUCAGGGUCCCAAUAUUUCCGCAUCAUUGAAGAUCUCAUUACCUUGCUCGGUUUCAUGCAGACCAGCAAGAUGCGUCGCACACAGGAGAUGGCAGUCGCUUUGCAGUUUCGUGUCCUUCAGUCUGCUAUUGAGUUCAUAAAGACGACAGCCAAUCAGGGACCUCAAAAGCUGAGCAGCUCGCAUAAUGCACCAAGCUCUCCGCAUCACACCAUUUAUCAGAAAAGGAAGAGCAUUGCAGGCCGGCGACGCUUCUCUCUGGCCCAGACUGACUCUCUGCUGAUGCGGAUGCGCUCUGUAGCCAGUGACGAGCUCAACCAGAUGAUGCAGAGGAGGAUGAGCCAGGAGAACCCCAUUCGUGCUAGUGAGACUGAGUUUGUACAGCGACUGCAGAGGCUUGUGGUCCUUGCUGUCAACAGACUCAUUUACCAUGAUGUCAGUCAGGAUUUAUUUGACCUGCUGAACAUCCCUGACUCCCCAGACCAACAGCUUUUCACACCAGAACUGGGAGACCAUUCACAUGAAGAGAGCAGCUCUGCCUCUGCCCCACACUCACCUACUCCCUUCACACUGCCACCUGCCAGCAAGAAGAGUUUGCAGAAAGACAUUCUCAAACUCAUGAUGGAUGGGAUCAAAAUCAGCCUGGGAAGUACUGGUCGAGGAGGAGCGCCACAUCAGCAGUGGCGAAGGAUCCUGUGGUCGUGCCGGGACACGUUCCGGGUCCAAAUUGGUCGCUUGUUGGUGCACGCACUGAGUCCUGCCCGUCCCUUGUCCGAUAGGAAGGAAGCACUGGAAUUUGUUUUUGAUCCAAGACAUUUGGACAUCCUAAAAGAGAGCCUCAGCCCCGGUCUAGAGCAUGGACCCAAGUUGUCACUGUACCUCUAUGAAAUGCUGCACGAUCACAAGGAGAGCCUCACCAAAGAUGAACAGAAUUCUGUGGGCGUAUUCAUGACCUCGCUCAAGCUUUGUGGUCACCGCUGCAUCCCCCCCAACGCGCCACACAAGCAGGAGCUUCUCAAAGCCAUUAAAGAGGAAAAAUUCAAGUAUGAAGGAGAGGAGAAUACAAGUAAGGAAGCGUGGGAAAAGAAAAUGACCAACUCUCAAAAGAAUCUCAUCCAGAGGCUAGAGGGAAAGUCCAAAGACAUUUCGAAGAUCGCGGCUGACAUCACACAGAAUGUGUCUCUGCGGCAAGGCAUGGAGAGAAAGAAAGUCAUCCAGCACAUCAGAGGCCUCUACAAGACAGACCUGAGCGCCAGCCGGCACUGGCAGGAGCUGGUGCAGCAACUCACGCAUGACCGUGCUGUUUGGUAUGACCAGACAUCUUACCCUACGUCCUGGCAGUUGGACCCAACUGAAGGGCCUAACCGUGAACGGCGGCGAUUGCAAAGAUGCUACCUCACCAUCCCAAACAAAUACUUGCUCAAAGACAGACGUAAGCCUGAAGACACGGUGAAACCGCCACUCUCAUUCCUGUUUGAGGAUAAGACACACUCAUCUUUCUCUUCCACUGUGAAAGACAAAGCCACGAGCGAACCCAUCAGGUUUACCAGACGCUGCAUGAGUGUGGCCCCCUCCAGAGAGACAGCAGGGGAGCUGCUUCUUGGCAAGUCUGGAAUGUACUUUGUCGAGGACAAUGCUGCAGACGCUCACGACGGCCAGAGCCUUGACGGUGAGACUGAGGCGCCCUCUUUCUCUUGGACCUAUGAGGAGAUCAAAGAGGUGCACAAGCGAUGGUGGCAGCUGAGAGACAACGCUGUGGAGAUAUUCCUCACCAACGGUCGAACGCUGCUCUUAGCCUUUGACAACAGCAAGUUCCGUGAUGACGUGUAUCACAACAUCCUGACGUCGGAUUUGCCCAACCUGCUGGAGCACGGCAACAUCACGGCACUGACACAGCUGUGGGGCUCGGGGCAGAUCUCCAACUUUGAGUAUCUCACGCAUCUCAACAAGCACGCUGGCCGCUCCUUCAACGACCUCAUGCAGUACCCGGUGUUCCCUUUCAUCUUGCGAGACUACACCAGUGAGACGCUAGAUCUGCAGGACCCCAACAUCUACAGGAAUUUGAGCAAGCCAAUAGCCGUCCAGUCAAAAGAGAAGGAAGAUCGCUAUGUGGACAAUUUCAGAUAUUUGGAAGAAGAGUACAGGAAGGGCAUCCGGGAGGAUGACCCCAUGCCUCCCGUCCAGCCUUACCAUUACGGCUCUCACUACUCCAACAGCGGCACUGUGCUGCACUUCUUGGUGCGAAUGCCGCCUUUCACCAAGAUGUUUCUCGCCUACCAGGAUCAGAGCUUUGAUAUCCCGGACCGGACAUUUCACUCCAUGAACACCACGUGGCGUCUCUCAUCCUACGAGUCCAUGACAGAUGUGAAGGAGCUCGUCCCAGAGUUCUUCUACCUCCCAGAAUUCUUGGUCAACAGAGAGGGUUUUGAUUUUGGGGUUCGUCAGAACAGCGAGAGGGUAAACCAUGUGAAUUUGCCUCCCUGGGCCCGGAAUGACCCGCGUCUCUUCAUCCUGAUUCACCGCCAGGCGCUGGAAUCAGACCAUGUUUCUCAGACACUGUGUCAGUGGAUCGACCUAGUGUUUGGACUCAAGCAGAAAGGCAAAGCUGCAGUCCAGGCUAUCAACGUCUUCCACCCAGCGACCUAUUUUGGAAUGGACGUUUCGGCGGUAGAAGACCCAGUUCAGCGAAGAGCGCUAGAAACCAUGAUCAAGACAUACGGACAAACUCCCAGGCAGCUUUUCAGCGCUUCCCACAUCAACAGGGCUGGUCCCAAACUCAUGAUGGAGGGCGAGCUGCCGGCCGCCAUGGGUCUCCUGGUUCAGUUCGCCUUUAGGGAAACCAGAGAGCAGGCCAAGGAGAUCAUCUGUCCGAGCCCACUGCCAUGGAUCAAAGGUCUGAAGUGGGGCGAGUACGUGGGGUCUCCCAGCGCUCCUGAUCCGGUCGUGUGCUUCAGCCAGCCUCAUGGCGAGAGAUUUGGAUCGCUGCUGGCUCUGCCUACGCGGGCUAUCUGCGGACUGUCACGCAAGUUCUGCCUCCUGAUGAUUUACAGCAAGGAGCAGGGUGUUCGCAGCAUGCACAGCACAGACAUCCAGUGGUCAGCCAUCUUGAGUUGGGGCUACGCAGAUAACAUACUGAGGCUGAAGAGCAAACAGAGCGAACCGCCUAUCAACUUUAUUCAGUGCUCCCCACUGCAUCAGGUGAGCAGCUGUGCCUGGGUGCCUGAUGGCUGCCAGCUAUUUAUGGGAAGCAAGUGUGGAGUCAUCACCGCCUACAGCAACCGCUUCAUUAGCGCCACGCAGUCAGAGAUGGAGGUAGAGUCUCAGGUCCACCUAUACGGACACACGGGGGAAGUCACUGGCCUGUUUGUGUGCAAACCUUACAGCAUCCUCAUCAGCAUCAGUACUGAUGGUACCUGCAUCCUGUGGGACCUCAACAGGCUCUGUUAUGUGCAAAGCCUCACUGGCCACAAAAGCCCUGUGACGGCAGUUUCUGCCAGUGAGACCACAGGUGACAUCGCAACAGUUUGUGACUCAGUGGUGGGAGGUAGCGACCUGCGCCUGUGGACCGUUAACGGAGACCUCAUCGGUCACGUGCACUGCAGAGAGAUCAUUUGCUCCGUAGCGUUCUCCAAUCAGCCGGAGGGCGUAUCGGUCAACGUCAUUGCUGGCGGGCUGGAAAAUGGCGUUGUCAGACUUUGGAGCACGUGGGACUUGAAACCAGUGAGAGAGAUCACCUUUCCCAAGUCGUGCAAACCCAUCAUCAGCCUGACGUACUCGUGUGACGGCCACCACCUGUACACAGCCAACAGCGAGGGCACCGUGAUGGCCUGGUGUCGGCGGGACCAGCAGCGCAUGAAGCUGCCCAUGUUCUACUCUUUCUUGAGCAGCUACGCCGCAGGCUGAGUGGGUGUAUAUGUGUUUGUGUGUGUGUGUGUGUGUGUGCACAUGUGAGCGUGUGAGAGACGGUUACUACCUUGCAGGUGUAUCCUCACUUGGCAAGAGAAGCUGCUCUUCCUCCCUCCUCCUCCCAUGGAGAGAAACAAAUGACAGCCUCAAUACCCUGCUUGACUUUUACCUCAAGCCGUCCCCAGCCAUAUUAUACAUAUAUAAAUAUAUACAUAUAGUACAUAGAGGAAUGUUUGGUCGUGGCUGCAAUAGACACUUUAUUUUUUCUCUUUUGUUUUCCUUGCCUGACAUUUAUUUUUCCCUGUUUAAGCUGCUAGCUUGGCUAAAAAGCCAAACGUCCCCCUCCGGGCUUCGUCUUUUGUGCAGCGGGGCCCCUGAGAAAGGACGGGCUGACGUGUUACUACUGCAUGCUGCAAUGACGCUUGACUGCACUGAGGUGACGCGCUCGUUGAACUCACCUUUUAGCCGGUGUGGAAUGUUGAUGUCGCUUUUGUUUUUUGGAAAUCAUCUGCAGGCCAACACACUUCAUGCACCCUCUUACGACACAGUUAACCAACAGCAUUGACUUCAGAGUCUCCAGAAUCUGAGCCGUUGUAUUUUUUUUUUUUUUUUUUUUUUAAACUUCACCCAGUGUUGAAGUGUAUCGUCUCCCUCCCGAGCCUCCCGUCUGCUCUCAAACAGGCGACCAACUGGCUCCCUCCUUUCAUGCAGCUAUUCUUUUACUUGCCCUCACUAUUUUGCGGCACUUUUACUUUGUCCAUUUCAAUUGAAAAAGCAGUCACGUUACUUUCAGCUCGCCCAACCACUGUUUUACUUCAUGUCAAACUAGUCGUCUUUGAUUUGUUUCCCCAAGUGUCAUCUGCAGAGAGCAAUAUCAGAUUACAUGCAAUAGGUCCUCAUUUUUGUUAUUGUGGGUUUUGCCUUUCAAGCCUGCUGCGGCGAUGUCUUGCGUUUCACUCUUGUUUACAAGAAAGGGAAUAUUUGUUUGAGACUUUUCUCCUUGCGAUGGUAUUCUUUGUGUUUCUGCCUCUUACAUGCAGCGUCACCACUGCACAGGAGCACCCUUUGUUUACUUUCUCCUUACGUUUCCAUUCAUUUCCACAAUGAGACAUUUUAAAAGAAUCUUUUUUUUUUUUCUUUUUCUCGUGAUUUCUAAGAGGGUGACAGAACGAAGGAUGAUGUGAUAUUACUUUUUUUCCCUCGAUAAACUUGAGCUAUGCAUAAAUGAAGUUUGUUGAAUGGUGUGGGAUCUAAUUGAUCUCACAGGCCUGACUGCAGUUCGGACUAAGUUUGACAGGUCAUGUUUUCUUUGUAUAUGUGUGUGUGUGUGAACACAUUAAAUGAGCAUAUUCUAAAUAUAUAAACAUAUGUAUAAAAAAUUUGAUGAACUAUUA